AUGCAGGACACCUGGGUCCCUGGCACACUCCCCUUGAUCUUUGGCCUGCUUUCCAGUCUCCAAGGAGUAAGCACCAAGGAGGCUGUAAACACAAGCUGCCCCAAAGGAUUCACAUGCUGUGACAGUGAAUGCUGUCCAGAAAGAAAGGUCUGGGAUCCUAAAAUCUGGAAUCCUCAAAACGAACCCUUCAGGAUCCUGUUUGUCAUCUUAUUGGUCAUGGUACCCCUCUUGUGCAUCUGUGGCCUAGUGAGGCGCUUCUGUCCCAGUUGCAGAGAACUACAGCAUGACUUCAGAACAGCAGAUCAUCAGACACCUCCAGAACCAGCCUCCAAUGCUCCCCUAGAGAGCAUUUGGGUCACCUCCUUGGAUCCCCCUCCACCCUACAGUCAGGUUGUUCUGAACUCAACUCCUACAGAACCACCUCCUCCCUACAGCCUCAGGCCUAAGGGCCCUGAUGGCCAGAAUAGAGGGACUGGCUAUGCAACCCUUUGA